AUGGUAUCGUGUAUAAAGCCAAGGAAAAAGCUAGUGGUGACUACGUGGCAAUCAAGAAGUUUAAGUCGACCGGUGGUAAUGCAAUGCAAACCUGGGACUACCUAUCCAUGCGUCAGUAGCAGCACAUACAAUAACAGUCUCGCUGCUGCCUUAGAUGAGCAGUUGUCGAAGCGGGAGAUUCAAGCAUGCUCCAUGCUCAGCCAUCCCAAUAUUGUGCCCUAUCGCAACAGUUUCCGGCAUGAGGGUUUACUACACCUAGUGUUUGAUUUCGUGUGCGAAGGCUUGGUGAAGCUUUUGUCCAAAAACAAAAGGGGAGUAAAACCACUGGAAGCCAGAAGAAUUAUCUUUCAGCUCUGCAAGGCUCUGGAAUAUUGUCAUUCCAACCGCUUCAUUCAUCGGGAUGUCAAACCAGACAAUAUCCUUAUCGAUGAAAACGGUGAUAUCAAGCUGUGCGAUUUUGGCGUUGCGCGGACUGUGCAAUUUGAAGGUGAUCCACUAUCCGAUUACGUGUCAACGCGUUGGUACCGUCCACCGGAGCAAGAGUUGCGGCUCGACCGCUAUUCAUUUGAUGCCGACAUGUGGAGCGUGGGGUGCGUGCUCAUGGAGCUGCUAAUGGGCCGCCCACUCUUCCCUGGAAACACCCAAAUCGAACAAAUUAACCUCAUCCAGAGUUAUCUGGGCCCUCUUCCAGCCGCGCUUCAUGCUAAACUACCACGGGGUGUCGUCUCUGUUCAAACAGCAUCCAAAUCUUUCCAGGAGUUACUAGGUGAUCGACCUCUUCCUGAUGGAACAUUGGAUUUUCUCGUUAACACUUUGCAGCUUGAGCCAAAACUUCGCUUGUCAGCUAAACAGUGUCUUGAGCACCCAUUCUUGAAACCAUUGAGAGACGCUGAGCUUAGGGAUCGUGAGCAAAGACGUCGCUCAGGGAGAGCAUCUCGCUUGAGCGAUGACGAUGGUAUUGAGGAAGACAUACCAGGUGAAGAGCGAGCAUCAUCUCGAGCGCACCAUACAGAAUUAAAGGCAGAUCAGAAGUGCCGUCUUGACUUCAAGCACUAUGAUGGUAAAGAGGUUUCAAGUACAGCCUCAGCAAAGGCGAAACAACCUCGCCGCUUGAAUGGUCGAAGCCCCAACACCUGCGACAAUAACACCGAAUGGGACAGCGAUGACAUCCAGGAAAUUAUUGAAACAGAGGAUGCCGAUUUAUUGUCUCGGUCUCGUAUUCGACACAACGGAGAAAGCAUCAAUAACGAGUGCAAGUUGCUUGGGAGCGUCGCGCCGUUGAAAAUCGCUACUCGGCGCAGAUCACUUAGGGCCUCAUCAAAAGCAGAUAUCGAUCCUUUGGACGGUGAUAGCUGCUACGAAGAUGACUUUGAAGAGUAUCACCACAGUAGUUAG